CCCACUUUCUCUUCCCCAUCUCCUCAGUCGUAUCCUUCUUCUUCUUCUUCUUCUUCUUCUUGUUUAACAGUUUGGAAUCAGAACUCCAUGGCUGACGAGCAAGUUCAGAAGACAAUUGAAGCACCAGUUGAGCAGGAGGUUGUGGUUGUGGCUGAUGUAACAGACGCGCAGACUACUCCCGCAACCGCACCACCUCUUGACAAACACCCAUCGCCUGUCACUGAAGAAGAAGAACCUCUCAACCCAAACCAGGUUCGCGACGACGAUAAGGUUCCUCAAUCGAAUUCUUUUCAAGAGGAGAGCAAUCGAGUUGCUGAUCUUCCUGAUAAUGAAAAGAAAGCUCUUCAAGAGCUCAAGCAGCUUGUCCAGGAAGCUCUCAACAACCGCGAGUUUAGCAGAGUAGCAGAAGCUGUUGCACCCAAAGAAGAGGAGAAGAAAGAGGCUGCUGCUGAGGUGGUCACAGAAGAUGAAGUUGUUGCUGGUGAAGCUAAAGAGACAGAGAAACAAGAAGAAGGAGAGAAAGUCCAAGUGGUUGAAACAGAAAAGGUAACUGCAACUCCUUCUAAUGCUGAUGUUGUGGAUGAUGAUGGUGCCAAGACUGUUGAAGCCAUUGAAGAGACUAUCGUAACAGUCUCCACUUCUUCUUCUUCUUCUUCUUCUUCUUCCGUUCAACAGGAUCAUCAGCAGCCAGAAGCAGCCAAUGAAGCAGAGGCAGAUCCUGCUUUGGAAGAAAAAAAAGAGGCUAAAACAGAAGACGCAUCCAUCUGGGGCAUACCUCUUCUUGCAGACGAGAGGAGCGACGUGAUUCUCUUGAAAUUCUUAAGAGCAAGAGACUUCAAGGUCAAAGAUGCGUUCACGAUGCUCAAGAACACGCUGCGCUGGAGAAAGGAGUUCGGCAUUGAUGAACUGAUUGAGCAAGACAUGGGCUGCGAUGAGUUGGAGAAGGUUGUAUUUAUGCAUGGCCAGGAUAAGGAAGGACACCCUGUUUGCUACAAUAUCUAUGGAGAAUUCCAAAACAAGGAGCUUUAUCAGAAAACUUUUUCUGAUGAGGAGAAGAGGCAGAAAUUCUUGAGGUGGAGAAUUCAAUUCCUUGAAAAGAGUAUUAGGAAACUAGAUUUCAACCCAGGUGGCAUUUGCACCAUUGUUCAAAUCAAUGACCUCAAGAAUUCUCCUGGACCCGGUAAAUGGGAGCUUAGACAAGCGACCAAACAAGCCCUUCAAUUGCUCCAAGACAAUUAUCCAGAAUUUGUAGCCAGACAGGUGUUCAUCAAUGUGCCAUGGUGGUACCUAGCAGUGAACAGAAUGAUUAGUCCAUUUUUAACCCAGAGGACGAGAAGCAAAUUUGUCUUUGCCGGUCCUUCCAAAUCUGCAGAGACACUUUUGAGGUACAUAGCUGCUGAGCAAGUACCAGUCAAGUAUGGAGGUUUGAGCAAAGACGGUGAAUUUGACACAACAGACGCUGUAACCGAGAUUACUGUAAAACCAGCAGCUAAGCACACGGUAGAAUUUCCAGUUACUGAGACAUGCAUGCUGACAUGGGAGGUGAGAGUAGUUGGAUGGGAGGUGAGUUAUGGAGCUGAGUUUGUACCGAGUUCUGAAGAAAGCUACACAGUGAUAAUACAGAAGGGUAGAAGAGUUGGAUGGAAUGAAGAACCAGUGAUUUGUAACUCGUUCAAGAUUGGGGAAGCAGGCAAAGUAGUUGUCACAAUUCAAAAUCCGACCUCCAAGAAGAAGAAGCUCUUGUAUCGCUUGAAGAUCAAACCUUGUUCUGAUUGAAUCAUUUUCAACCAAGUCUCAAUAAUUUUUGCUCUCGAUAAUUUGUAGAAAAGGUGAGGUACAACAACAUUAAUCAUUUGUUUUCGAGUCUUCUUUAAAUUUAGUGUUAUAUAUAUAUGAAUGUGUAUUCAUUUUAUAUAAAUGAAAAUUUCAAGUUGGAUUGUUGGUUUGUGACA